AUGAGUUCAACUGACGCACAAACACAACCAAGUGUGUGGAUGACGCGGAUAAAAUGGCUUGUGAAGAAGCUUAUUUAUCUGCUUAAACGGUUCAUUGGGUACCAGCCACCAGUGAAAAAGAACCCGCUGGAGGCCAAGAGUACCGAAUCCGUUCCUUUGUUAGAGAAGGCACCUAUCUCUUCGACCAAUGUACAAAGCCAUGCAAAAACAAAGCUUGACUCUGUCGAACUGAAGCCAACGCAUUCGUCUAAUGAAAAAGUGACAACCUCCGAGACACAAAGCCAUGCAGAAACAAAUCUUGACUCUAACGAACCGAAGCGGACGCACUCGUUGAAAGAAAAAGUGGCAACCUCAGACGUCGAGAAUCUCAUCCCGCUAGUGCUUGAUAAAAACGCCUUAGUUCUGUACAAGAUAGUGAUCACGGAAAAAACUCCUUCGGAUAUGUUGUCGACGUUGAGAAGCUAUGCCAUUGCACAUUUCUAUUGGAGACCCGAAGCGGGGAUAAAUGGGGAGUAG